AUGAGGGCAUUUAGUGUUUUUUCGCUGUUCUUGGUUUUAUCCGUUGCUUGGGCUAGACCUCAUGUUUUCAGGAGGGAAUCCGGUAAGUAAAAAACAGCGAGAACUAUAUUUCUCCAGAAUAUCUUCAUUUUUUAAUUUUGUUGUUGUUGCUGUCGGUGUUUUGUUGUUUGUUUUCGUUAAACGUUAUUUUGAAAUAAAAUAUGGUAAUCUACCGCUUGAGCGUCGGUUAUGAAAAAAUUGUAUUGAUCCGGUUUGAAGUGCUAGAGCUAAACGGUUUUUAUUUUAUUGAUAAGAUAAAAUUCUUUUAUUGAUCAAAAUAAAUGGAAAUGUUGUUUUUUUUUUUUUAAAUGACAGUGUACGCAUUCAUUUAAGUACAUAUAUUAAAGACAACAUUUUUAAAAUAGAAAAAGGGAACUCUUUAAUAAUUUAUCAAGUAGAAAUUUUUAUUACUAUUUAAAGUAUAAAAAUAAAACAGAGUUGAGUUUAUAUCAUCUCCAUGAAAGCGCUUGCGGAACAUGAACUCAUGCAAAUAUUAAGGGAAAAGAUCACGGCUUGUGCCAAACUGUCUUUUCAGUUUGAGCUUUCCGUGCAUCUACAAUGGUUUAUCCAGUCUGUGAGGGGACACCAGCGUCAUUUGGACUGAAAACGUGUUGUUGACGGACAACAACGGAGUGUUCUUAGAUUCCGCGUCUGAUCUGGUUGAUGUUUGUACAAGCCGCCAAUCCAUCUGAUACAAUAAGUGAGCCUGGCAGAACAUAUCGCUCUGUGCACUGCUAUAACGUGAUCGCACGUCAUUCUGACACUACAACGAAAAAACAGCGCCCACUCUCUCUCUUUAUAUGCCACCGAAAACCUAGUGGCCCUCUCCAAUGUACUAUUAACGGACAUCAAUAACAAAUAAUCGUUUGAAUGUCACUUCAAACCGGAACAAUAUGAUUUUUUUUAUUAAACGACGCUGAAGUGGUAAAUUGCUUAAAAUAUAUUAUAGAAACCAGUCCUUAAAUUAAAAAAAAAAAUGUGUGUGUGUGUAAAUUGAUACCAGUCGUUAAAUAAUACUCAUGGCAGUGCCAUGCUUUGUUGUAUGACGCAUUUAUAGUGACCAAAAAGCAAAACGAUACAUAUACACCCAACACUUAUUUAUACAACAUUUCACAACGUUGUGCUAAGUAUAGAGAACAUAGAAUUUAAGCACAUAUUAUUAUCGAGAUCACAAUUUAUUUAUAUCUUUGAAAUUUUUGAGGAUCCUCGACUUUUUUAUUCUGAAAUAAAGACAUAUUAUAAUAUUAUAAUUUCAAAAAGUGCAUGUAUAUAUCUAAAUUUAAAACAUUUUCAUACAACAAAGAAUGAAAGCUAUACAGCAUCUACAAUUCAAUUAUAAAUCUAGUUAAUCCAUUAGAAUUGCCGACAUAAUGAAAUGACUGAUAUUUAUGAAGUUUUUUGUUGUUGUUGCCGAUAUUGUCUUGUUAAUUGUAGGCUACAUUGUAAGUUAUCGUCCAUAUCUCGAUUCGGUUUUCAGUACGGCCUGCCUUAUCUGCAGGGCAGUGCCUUAUCUGCAGGGCAGUGCCUUAUCUACAGGGCAGUGCCUUAUCUGCAGGGCAGUGCCUUAUCCGCAGGGCAGUGCCUUAUCUGCAGGGUAGUGCCUUAUCUGCAGGGCAGUGCCUUAUCUGCAGGGCAGUGCCUUAUCUGCAGGGCUGUGCCUUAUCUGCAGGGCAGUGCCUUAUCUGCAGGGCAGUGCCUUAUCUGCAGGGCAGUGCCUUAUCUGCAGGGCAGUGCCUUAAAACAUUUUUUUUUUAAAACUUGGUUUCUCACCACUCCCUUGCCUCUCUAGCUCCAGCCUUCAGCAAUAGCUCCAUCUGUAUUGACGCAAUAAAUUGGAAAUAGCUACUGGUUGGACAAUACUCUGCUCUUAACUGAGUCCCCAUGCUCUGGGACGGGUGACAUAGUUUCGACCAUGGUUUACUUUUUUCACGUUCGCGGCAUUUUUCCACCUAAUCGCCCUACUUCUUUAAAAUUUGCUUUAAGCCACCAUUUUAACAACUAAGUGUGUCAUUGAAAUUUCUUGGCUGGGGCCGGGUGGCCCACUAUAUGUUCACCAAAGCGUCUGCUCGCUCAGUUCCAUCCACACAUGUGUGCCUGGAAUCCAAUGGAUGGAAAGUGCCCUUUUCACUUUGGAUGAAAUCUAUUAGAUCAAAGAUGGGACUUAGAAUCGAAACGCAAAUCGAGCAGUUUCGAAAAUCUCUCGGGGUCAAACAGCAGGUCAGUGAAGUCUAGGGCUCAGGGGGCUUUUAUCCUUUGGGGAAAGGGCCCACUGAUGCAAAGUUUUACUGACUUUAUUCAAAACAAAAUUCAUUUCCUAAGAUAAAUAAAAUGAUUUCUAAAAAGCGUAUUUUCUGUGUCUUUUAUUAAGUGACAUUAUAAGAAUCGUCAUUUGAUCUGUUGUCCCAUUUUUUUAAAAAUGAAAACACCCAGAGAUAUUAUGUUGAACCCCCCCCCCCACUAAAAGUCAUGGAAACAAUAAUUUUGAAAGCUUUUUGUUUAGUAACGCAACCACCUUACUCACUUCCGAUAGUUUUUUUUUUAAUUGCUCGCUCCCAAUAUCCAAAGAUUUCCAAGAACAUUCAAUACCAACAAAAAUAAUUUACCCAAUUGCACAUCUUAUUGUAACAAUGACGCCAAAGGGAAACAUGCCAAUGAAAUCACUGGUGAGUGAUGACUGGGUUGCAGGUAGUGAGUCACAGGACUGGAGUUCACAUUAAUUUACCUUUAAUUGUCAACAGCAGUAAUCCACCCCCAACCCCAAACCACAAGCAGAAAUAACAUGCUGAAGUCGAAGCACUGUGCCGUAUUGGUACAAAUUAUCUAAUAAAACAGCACAAAAAAUCCACGAAUAACGUUUUGAAUAAACCAUCGUUUAAUGUUAUAGUUAAACUCUUAAAGUUUGGAAGUUCUUAUAAAAUUAAAACAUAAUAUUCGCCGUAUUUUCUAUCAGUCUCAUUAUUAUAGUAUAAAAAGAUUUCUCAAAUUCUCAGUCAUUUUUUUUUAGUCUUGCUAACUCUGCAGGCACCUUCCUUCUGUAAACUUGAGAAUCGGUGACUUCGAGAAAGCGAUUCAAACUUUGUUAAAAUACUCCUCAGACGAUGAAAGUAAGAAAAAACACCCUUGCAAAAAUCUUAAGUUGUACAUUCAUUUUUAUUACAGAUUGCGUUUUUUAAAAAUCCUUUUUACUAAAUUCACUUUUGUUCGUGUUUUUCUUGCAAGAUGAGUGUGUGGCAAAAUCUUCUGACGGCUAAUUGACCCACUUCCCGUCAACCUGUCGAGCUGAAACUUGGCACAUAGACUUGUUACCAAUGGCAGCAUAUUCUCUCAUAUUUUCAGCCAUAUCCACAACCCGCAAAAAUCAGUUUUUCCUUUAUUUUCAAGGGGAAGGUGAAGGAAAUAUGAUGACACUGAUUUCGCGAAAUAAAAUUCCCGAGAAAUGCGCUAAAUGAGAUUCUUUCUCUUUUUUGUUGUUGUAAAUAUCGCAAAUGCGUUUGGUGCGUGAUAUUUUAUUUUUUUCCCCCUGAAAUAGUUGGUGAUAUAAAUCUGCGGUGGGACUUUAGAAUAUUAAUAUAAAAUUUAAACAAAAAUAUAUAUGAAAAAUGCAUGUACAGGAUUUUUGCGAAAAACUUUGUUUUUAGAGGUUAUAAAAUAAUAUUUAAAGUUUCAUAAACCACUGAAAAUGUACAGUUAAUGAUAUUUCAAAGCAGAUUGAUAUUUUAUAAUGCAUACUUAAAUGAAGAACAUGUAAAUAUUAUGCAUUAUGAUUAAAUCAAUUCAAGUAUCAAUUUUAAUAUUCAAAUACAAGUUAUUCAUUCAAAUUCAUGACGGGGCUGAAGUUUAAUCUGUUCUCACUGGGAUUAUUCAAUUAAUAAAUUUAAAAAAAAAAAAAAAUCUACUUCCCAUUUUGUCCCAUCAGCAGUGUGACACGUGAACAUGCCCUUAGGAGAGGCUUGGACAGUUCAUGUUAUGGAUUAGCCAGAUUAGUUCCACCUUACUUCCUGCUUAGCGGCUAGGGGUGAAUGAGAAGAUUGACAGGCCUGCGAAAAUGAGAUUAGACUUUAAACAGAGUGAACGUGCAUUGAGCCGAAGGCUGUUGAGGACAUUGUCCACUUAGCACAUUGGCCAUUUAGCACAUUUUGGAUUCAAUGAGGGAAAACCGUCUGCCAUAUAACUAUAAUGCAGCCAGCUUACUUUCAGAACAGAGGGCAACUGCUGUUCAAAAAUCUAUUUAAUUUCCUUAGAAAAUUCAGACACUACUACUCGCGAAACCAUCAUAAGAUCACGAGACUACGUACAAAGUUUUCACUAUCUGAAAGCAAUAAAAUAUGAAAAGCAUAAAUAUCUUCUGAAAUAUAAUUAGUAUAAAAAAUUAUAUAUAUAUGCAGAGAAUUGAUACCUUCUGAAAUAUAAUUAGUAUAAACAAGUAUAAGUAUAAGUCAUAUAUUCAUAAUCCCCCAAAAUCAAGUAAAAUAUUGGGGCUUCACAAGUGUCAAAGGACUUCUGAAAAGGUUUGGAAAAGAGUGGGGGCCGAGGGAUUACAGUAUGUAACCAAACUACAUAAGUAGGUCAUUGCCUCCACCUUGCCUGUCAUUUGCAGAGGCGUAGCUAGAAUUUGUGACCCCCGGGGCCAUCCUUGACUUUGCCAAAAUCCCAAAACAUGCAGAAUUCAUAUAAAAACAUAAACCAUAAACAGUAUAAGCAGGGAAGUGAGUGAAAAUCCCCGUCCUUCUUAGAAACUGCUGAACAAGGCGAACACCCUUCCACCCCCCCCCCCUUUUCUUCUUACGCCAGUGGCUUAUACCUUCACGACUACAACAUUUGCCUGGUGUGGGUGGGAUGAGGGGGUUCCAUGAACUAAAAUAAGUUGAAUCGAUGCCUUGUAGACAAUUAUCCGCCGUAACCUUUAACAAAUUAUCCAUUACAAUAUUGUUAUGCUUUGUACUUUUCCAGGUCAAGAAAAUGGUAGCCAAGGUCCACAGAAACUGGGUACGUGUCGACGUAGUUGGUGAUGUGUAUGUUGUUAUGGAAAUGAUGUUAUGCGUGUUGAAAUAGGAAUGAUGUUAUGCAUGUUGAAAUAGGAAUGAUUUUAUGUAUGUUGAAAUAGGAAUGAUGCUAUGCAUGUUGAAAUAGAAAUAAUGUUAUGCAUGUUGAUAUAGGAAUAAUGUUAUGCAUGUUGAAAUAGGAAGGAUGUUCUGUAUGUUGAAAUAGGAAUGGUGUUAUGUAAUGCGUUUAACUGGUGUUGUUGAUGUGUUCAUUUUAUUGUACAUCACCUGCUCGGAAAUCUGAAUGUUGACGUUACAAAAAAUAUAUGGUCAAUGAUACCGAUUAGUAAAAAGAAAUUGGAGAACCAUUCGAAGAGGGGGCGAUUCAAGUCAGAAUCAUACAUUCUAGAACUUACUGUGGGGGAUUUUAUCAGAGCUGUACUUACUCUCCAUCCAAAUACUCCCAUGAUAAAACACACUCUUACAUUUACACACACACACAUACACAGACUCCAAUGUUCACAAACACCAUCCUGUUGCCACCUACUGACAUUCUCCGCCAACCAGCAAACCGUGCUUGGUUGAAACACAACGAACUUUGCCACGCAAGUGAUGCGUAAAUUCGAACAGUUCGAAGACCCCCCUCAUUUAUAGGAGGAGCCCCAACUAACCACCAAAACAUUUUAAAAAUCUAUUUCGGUACAAGCCAAUCCAGUUUUUUCUUUUUGUUGUUGUUUUUGUUGUCGCGUUGUUUGGCUCAGACAUAAUUGUCCACUGUUUUAGAAUGAUAGAGCACGGUCUAACGCAAUGCAUCCUGAAUGAACUGUUCAUUUGUCACCUCUAUGAACUGUUAAUUAAGUGGUCACUUCGGUGAACUGUUAAACUGUCACCUCGAUGAACUAUUAAUGUGUUUCAUUGAGCUGUUAACUUUCAACUCAGUAAACUGUUAAUUUGUCACCUCAGUGAACUUUUAAAUCGUCACUUCAGUGAACUGUUAAAAUGUGAUCUCAGUGAACUGUUAAAUUGUCACCUCAUGUAACUAUUAAAUUGUCUCCUCAAUGAACGGUUAAAGUAUCACCUCACUCAACUGUUAAAUUGUCAUCCAAACAGCUCGUUUGUCCCCACCUCUUCAAGAGGCCACCGCCAGCCCUGCGCCCAAUGUAGCGACAGGAGGUAAGAAAGUGGUGCUGGCCAUUUACAUUUACCAAUCAAUGAACUGUUAAACUGUCAUCUCUAUGAACUGUUAAAUUGUCACCUUAAUGAACUUUUAAAUUGUCACCUCAGUGAACUGUCAAAUUAUCACCUUAGUAAACUAUUAAAUUGUCACCUCUGUUCAGCUGUCACCACAAUGAUCUGUUAAAUUGUCAUCCAAACAGCUCAUUUGUCCCAAGCUCCCCAAGAGGCCACCGCCAGUCCUGCGCCUAAUGUAGCGACGGGAGGUAAGAAAGUAGGGCUAGCAAUUUACAUUAACCAAACAAUGACGCGGCAACACAAUCUGCUAAUAAUUUUGAUGAAGAUUUUUUUCCCCCUCUCUUCUGCUGAGUUGAAGUUGAGAACAUUAAUGGCACUUAAAUUGGGGAUUACAUUAAGUACACGUCUAUUGCAACAGAAGAGUUUGUGUCAUGGAAGCAAUAGUAAUAAGACAAAAUUACCACCUCACUAUGCACUAAAAUAUCCUGACAAGAUGCUUAACGUCAAUAAUGUAAAAUUAACCAUAGACUUUAAUUAUAAUUAUUUUUUUUAAUAACGUAAUUAUUCUGAUUGGUUCUUAUAUACAGUGGGUAUAGUUUGACCUGCUUUGUGCACAAAAAAAAAAAAAAAAUAAAAAAAAUUCCAGAGCUUAAAAAAAGGUACAAAACCAACAUCAUGUUUCAACUUCUAAACUCUGUAGCUGCAAAAAUUCAUUAAAAAACCCCAUUCCGUAUUUAAAAUAUAAAUAAAUAAACAUACGGGUCUUAUCGCCUACGAAUUGUGUUUAAGUAAAAUAAAGUCACGUGAUUAACUAAAGUAAAUACAAAAAAUAGGUUAAUUGAUAUUUCGUUUAUGCUUUUAACUUGCACCACUAGAUAAAAUACAGCCUGCUGACAGCCAGCAGAGCGGAGAAUCACAAAUUCCCACACGUCAACAAUAUGAGCAAAUAGCUCAACAACAAGCUAUGGCUCAACAACAAGCCCUGGGUCAACAACUAGCCAUGGCUCAACAACUAGGCAUAGCUCAACGACAAGCCCUAGCUCAACAACAAGCUUUGGCCCAACAGCAGUUUUUGGCUCAACAAAUCUCGGCACAGCGACAAGCCGCGGCUCAGCAGCAAGCCCUAAACCAGCAACGGGCUUUGGCCCGACAACAAGCUUUGGCUCAACAGCAAGCUAUUGCCCAACAACAGGCUCUUGCCCAACAACAGGAACUUGCCCAACAACAAGCAGCAGCCCAACAGCAAGCCCCCCAACAACAACCCCCCACAACUCACCAACAGUAUGAACCCGCCCAACAACAAGAGCAACAACAGACCCCCGUCCAAACCCGUGAACAGUAUGAACGCCAACGAUAUGAACAAAUGAUGCUAGCCCAACAACAGGCCAGGGCCCAGGAACAAAACUACCCCCAACAAAACCAACAACCAUCCCACCAAGAAGCUGAGCCAGUCUCACAGCAACAGGAAAUGCCCCAGGCUCCAACACGGGAACAGUAUGAGCGAAUGAUGUUCGCACAACAACAGGCCUAUGCCCAACAACCAAGAUAUCCCCAACAGCAAGCCCUUCCCCAACAAACCCAAUCGCCGACCCAUGAACAAAAUGAACCAACGAAUCCUCAACAACAACAGUCUGCCCAACAAAACCCCCAGUCCUCUCCACGUCAGCAAUAUGAGCAAAUAAUCUUUGCCCAACAACAGCAACAAGCUUGGGCCCGGCAGCAAGCCCUUGCCCAGCAACAAUCUCUCGCUGAACAACGACUCAUUGCUCAACAGGCAUAUGCCCAACAACAAGCCUUUAUCCAAAAGCAAGCGUAUGCCCAACAACAAGCUAUUGCCCAACGACAAGCCCUUGCCCAACAACAGGCCCUUGCCCAGCAACAAGCAGCAGCCCAACAACAAGCCCCCCAACAACAACCCCCCACAACUCGCCAACAGUAUGAACCCGCCCAACAACAUGAGCAACGACAGACCCCCGUCCAAACCCGUGAACAGUAUGAACGCCAACGCUAUGAACAAAUGAUGCGUGCCCAACAACAAGCCAGAGGUCAGGAGCGAAACCAACAGCCAGAAGAUCAUGAACAAAAUCAGCAGCCAGCCCGCCAACAAGCUGAGCCAGAGAACCAGCAACAAGAAAUGCCACAGGCUACACCACGCGAGCAGUAUGAACGAAUGUUGGCCCAACAAGUCUUUGCCCAACAGCAAGCCCUUGCCCGGCAACAAGCCCUUGUCCAACAGCAAACGCUUGCCCAUCAACAGGCCCUGAUCCAACAGCAAACCCUUGCCCACCAACAAUCCCUGGCCCAACAACAAGCCCUCGCCCAGCAACAAGCCCUUGCCCAGCAAAUUUUCGCUCAGCAACGAGCGCUGGCCCAACAGCAAGCCGUGGCCCAACAGCAAGCCGUGUCCCAACAGCAAGCCUUGGCCCAACAGCAAGCCUUGGCCCAACAGCGGGGUCUUUUAUCCGUCUUUGGCUAUCCAGGCGUCCAACGUCCAGCCCAAGCUUCUGAUUCUGAUGAAAAAGAAGAAGAUCAAUCACAUGAGCCUUUAAGCUCCUACAUGCAGAAAAUCAGAUCCCAAAAUGUCAACGAAGAACCCCAGGAGGCAGUCUCCACUCCUUAUAGAGGUAAGACGACUCAGCUAUUGCACUCUGAAAGUAUGGGUUUCUGAACACACACACAAACACACACACACACAUGGGGCUAAAAAUUUGACAACCCAUGCAUAGGAUUAACGCUUUUUUUAUAAGAAUCCCCAUUUGUGAUUGCCCCCCCCCCCAAGGCUGGCUCGAAACGGCACUUUUUUUUCUUUUAUGCCGAAACGUCCUUGUUUUUUGUCCUGUUAGCUUAUUUCAAGCUUCCACAUACCUCGUUUCACUAUUUCAUUCAUUUACUUUUUUUUCUUCACGCCCCUGAACUGUAUUAAUAUUCUAAUUCCCACCCGCUUUUAAAUAGCGGAUUUAUUUCACCAACUAUUUCAGAAAAAACAAGAGAAAAAUAUUGCGCACCAAACGCACUUGCCAUAUUUAUUUUAAAGAAUGUAACUAUCGCAGUUAUCGGGAAUUUCAUUUUAGCUUCCCCUAGAAAAACAGGAAAGCUGACUUUGGGGGGCUGACAAUUUGAUUUGAAAGUGUUGUCGACGGCAACAAUUCUAAGUGCUAAGUUCCAGCUCGAUAGGUUGACGGGAAGUGGGUCAAUUAGCCAUCCGAAGAUUCUGACAGCCGGGCCACACGCAAACAAAAGCUAAGUUAAUAUAAAGGAUUUAAAAAUGUCCGUCCUUUGUUUAUUAAUUCUCUAAUACAUUUGGUUUUACAUUUAAUAUCUGAUUCCGUUUUCAUAUAUUUGUUCAGCUCUUGCUUCUGGCAAAGGUCCUGUAGGUAAGAAUCUAUAUGGCAUUCUUUGUCAAGUCUUACAUUUGGAAGGUGAUUUUAAGUAGGCGGAAUCAUGUUGGACUUGGGUAUCUGUGAACCUGAGUUUGAUUGUUUUUUUGUUUUUUUUUCAAAAGGGAUUUUGGUGUGCCUAAAAUUUGCGAGGAGGUCAUCACACUGGUCACACCUCUGACCGGGUACACGUUGACCAGUCUUAUUCAACGCAAGGGCUAAUUUUGUGCGUCAGAGUUUGGGGGCUGGUCAGCUUUCCUUUGGAAAACACUACAACGUUUUAUUCUAUUACGUAACAAAAUUACGUCUUUUUUUGGCAGACUUUUUGUUGUUGUUGUUUUUUGUUGACAAUAUUGUAUAAAUGUUGCUCAUGUCAAUCAGCUUGAAAUAAAGUCUUGCGUGGGGAGUUCACCAAAUAAGCCAAAACGUUAAACGUGCUUAUAGGUAGUUUAUUAUUUUGUCGAAAGCAUCGAAAGUAAUUUAUAGAUAUUUUAUUGCAGCCGUUCCCACCCCAAGCCUGGACAGCGCCAUGGCCAUCGAGGCCCGUCUAAGAGAGUUCAAGGAAGCUCUUAUCAAAAGUUUCUACAUGGACAUGUCCAGAUAGUAAGUCAGUGUGGUUUAUUCACAGUCAGUAUCCCUGCUCCCACGUCCAGGAAAUAAGUCACUAUGGUUUAUUCACAGCCACAUGCCUACUUCCAAGUCCCGAUUAGUAGGUCACCGUAUUUUAUUUAAAGCCAUUAGCCUACUCCCGUGUCCAGGUAGUAAGUCACCUCAGUUACAUCACAUUGUUAUAAACUCACACAAUAACUACGGUGAGUACACGUAGGUAACUAGUUGGAUGAUUAAAGACUAUAUUAAAUAAAGGGACGCAAGCACCACGCCCAUUUUACCAAAUUGAUCGUGAAUUAUUUACCUUGUUAUGCUAGACGAAUUUUUGUGGAUCUUCCACCCAUAAGAAACUUCUAUAAAUAGAAAGAUUAUUACAUUUUCAUUUUUUUUAAAAAUAGAGUUGUCAAAUCUUUUCAAAUUUAGAAAAGAGUGACCCCUAUAAAUCCAAUUUGUCAUGCUUACAGCUCCAUAGUAUAUACAAACAGGUCGGGCAGGAAACGAUAUCUGGGAAAGCUCUUAAGUCUUAAGUUACGGGUGCAACGCCUGGAUAUUAUGUUAACAUUUGAAAUACCCAUCCCCCCCCCCCCUGAGACAAACGGUCGACACGUAAGAGGGAAUUAAAGGAGCAACUUUUGGAUGGGGGAAGUUACAUCGUUUGACUUCAACCACUUCUGGUAUUACGGCGCCAUCUCCUGUUGUUACUCUGGUGUUGUUUUCUAACAAUUGAUUGCAGAUGGCGCCACGUCACAUACCACAAGGAUUAAUUUCCGGUGUUAUUAUUAAAAGUCAGAGAUUAAGGAGUAAAAAAACAACUAAACGUUCAACUGAAUCAUGUAAAUUUGUAAUGGUAACGAAGGGAUUCCUGUUUAAAACAGCCACCCCCGCCCAAAAUAAUUAAAUAAUCAUCACAUCAGAGAUUUCAAACUUUAUAGCACAGCACCCUGUAUAACGUGUCUAUGCUGGGAAAGGGAAGGGGGGUGGUGUUGAUUAGACUAAUUCUUUGAGUACUUGCUCUACUCCACUCAAUUGUCUUAACUCCAUUGCUUGUUUUUUUCCCCUUCCAGCCAAGAAAUGGGACAGUUCUUCCGCAGCCAGUUGACAGCCAAACUGAACUUGCUUCAGCAGGUUGAGUCCCAGCUCGCUGCGCCUCUCCGCAGCGCCCUUGCUGACCAAGUGACCAGUCCACGUCUCGGCGGCGCCAGCCCUUAUGAUCGUCAAUAAAUACGGGAGUCCAAACGAUUGACUCCGGCGGGAGGGGGGCCCCGAGGUUACAGGGAGACACAUCGGCAACGGAACAGCAAAAUGACCCCCCUCCCCACCAAAUCUUCUAAUUCCCAGAUACCAACAUACCUGAGUGUUGAGCAUUAAUAAUUGUCCUAAUUU